AUGGGACAGGUCGGAGGCCGGGAGAAGCUCGAUGAGAUCUAUUUCGUGCAGAAGGUGAAGCUGGGACAGGGAAGCUUCGGCACGGUUUGGCGAGCAAAGAAUCGAAAGAGCGGCAUCACCGUCGCUAUCAAGCAGAUGGACAAGGCCAGCAUGCCAAAGCGGGGCGUGAAGCGCCACGAUAUCGAAAGGGAAGUGUCCAUGAUGAGAGCUUGCUCUCAUGAGUACAUCACGAAGCUGUACGACACCUUCGAGGACCAGGCCAGUAUCUACCUGGCAUUGGAGUACUGUGAUGGAGGUGACUUUGGCGACAAGGUUCGAGAGCUUGGACCUGUCAUCAAGGAGGAAGAUACGGCCGAGUGGAUGCGACAAAUGUGCGAAGCUCUGUACCAUCUGCACAGCAAAGGCAUAUGCCACAGGGACAUCAAGCCUGACAACUUCAUGGUCUUGGGGGACUCCACUUUGAAACUGUCGGACUUCGGCCUAGCGGUGCACCUGCCACCAGGUGGCAUCCUAACUGACAAGUGCGGCACGCCCGCCUUCAUGGCGCCGGAGCAGCACAUGAUGCCGGUUCACAGCCGUGGCUAUGGCUUUCCGGUGGACAUGUGGGCAGCCGGCGUGUCAAUGUACAUGAUCAUCUUUGGUGGCAAGCAUCCGUUUCUGAAUCGGCGGAACGAGCUGGACCAGAGACUAAUGCUUGAGGGGAAAUUGGACUUCACGGACACUUCCUCCGUUGCUGCUCAAGGUCUAGGCCUUUUCGGUCUGAGCGAAACGAUCCAGAAGUUCUCGGAAUCCGCGAGGUCCUUCUGCAAGCAGUUGGUUCAGGUCAAUCCUUCGUCGCGGCUUUCGGCGAGCAAUGCUAUUAGGGUGGCGUGGCUGAGCUCCGGAAGGCGGGUGGCGGAGCAGAAGAGGAAACUCACCGAAGGAAGUCCCAGCGACGCAGAGGCCGCCGCUGGCAAAGCUGAGUCGCGGCCGCGUGCACGCUCAGCGAGGUCUGCGCAAUCAGAUGUGCCGAGUCCCAUGGGAUACCCACAGGGCGAUGGCCGCACACCAAAGGGCGCCGGAAAGGGCCCAUCGGACAGGUUCGGCAUGGAAGCGCCUAAGGCGCCUCUGCCAGUGCCUCCGAAAGGUGGUGCGCCAAAAAGCGAAUCGGUGCUGAUUCGGCAAGAGCUGGAAGAGCUGAAGCAAUCGAAAGCUGAGCUCGAAGCGCAGCUCGUGGAGGUGAAAAAGCAAAACAAGGACUUUCGGACCCAGCGGACAAAGGAACUCGCGGCCCAGGAGGCUGCGCCGCGAGAAGCCGUUCCUCGAGAGUCUCCCACUACGCUCAUGGCGGCUUCGGCGCCGCGACUGCUGCCACCAGGCACGAAGUGCCGGUACGAGCCGACUUCGUCAACGCAGUAUCCUUUCUUGCCUGCGGUUAUACAGGGUUUCAAUGACCUCGACUGCACGUACAACUUGGACGUGCGGCCUCAUGCGCAACCCUCGCGAAUAGCCCCGGCGAAGGAGAUUACUGCGGAACAGGCGUGGCCUCGGGGGACACUCGUGAACUACUUCAGUCAACAGCGGGAGCAGCAGGGAGCCGUGCAGUCCUUGCCUGCUGUUGUGAAAUCCUUUAACGAGAUGGAUUCCACCUACAACCUGGACAUCCGCGACCACGCCGACUGCGAUCGGAUCCGCGUGCGUGUCAUCCCGAAGGAGGCAGGCGAGGCGGCUGAUCCCGGACUAUGUUCGGCCAUGAUGAGGCCGGGGUUUGAGAAGCGCAACACGAAGCCGCUGAACGGCCAGGAGGUUGGAAGGCUUCCGGAAGAGGUCCUCGAGACGGAUGCGACGGUAGCCGAGCCCGAGGCUGUCGAGGUGCUUGGCAGACAUGCUCGUAUCGGGCAAGGUUUCUGGUGCCACAUUCCAGAGCAUGAUCUCUUCGCUCCAGUUGUGGCCGUCCGCGGGGGCAUCGCGGAGCUUGACAUUAGUGGAAGCAUGACUGAGCUCAAGCUCGAGGCCCUGCGAGCACCCAAGGAAGAGAGGCUGGCCUGGCCCAAGGGUACCGAAGUGAUGUAUUACAGUGGCUCUCUGGGCAAGUGGAUCAUUGCGCAUGUGGAGGGCUACAACCGCGGCAGUAGCACCUACAACCUGGACGUGCGCCAAGAGGCAGACCCGGAGAAGGUGAGACCUCGCUAG